ACGGGGCUCAGCAUAGCUACACCUUCGAUGCAUGCAGCCACGAGAAGAUCCACUUAUGGACAGGCCCUGAAAAGGCUUCAGGACUGCGCGCGGUACCUCUAAAAAGCCUUGCCAGGUCCCCAGCGUGAGCCCCCUGCUGGCCGAACUGCCCGCACGCGCGAGAGAUCCUGGCGAGCGAGAGGCGGAGGGUAGAGAGAGGGAGGAGGAAGGAGGAGGAGGAGGAGGAGGAGGAGAAGGAGGAGGAGAAGGAGGAGGAGGAGGAGGAGAUGCGCGACGGUACUCCACAAUGCGGGUCCCUCGCGCCCAAAAGAGGGAGGCACAGACAAUGGCAGACUCGCGGUGGUGCCCAGCUGGCUUUGCCGACACCUGCAGACCCUGGGCUGGAAGAACCGAGGCCCGCUCCGCCGGCAAGAGCUUCUCCGCCCAGCUGGACCUGCUCGCCGCCAGCGGGCGGGCGCGCUGGCGGGGUGCUUGCCACGGCCACCCCCGUAUUCCCAUGCCCAGCCGCAUGAUGUCUUGGUGGACCUCGCGCACAGAUAUUGGAGCUCAUCUGCGGCGAAAGCGAAGCGCAUAAAUAGGGACAUUGGAAUCGUUUCCAGAGCCAGCGCCCAUGCGCAGUAGAAGCGGCUCUCCAUGACUAACCACAAGGCUGAAUCAUGAGGUCCGCCGCUCCACCCCGCAUGCCGAAAAAACAUGAGUCGGAACCUUCAACAGUGCUCGAAACGAUGGCUUCGAUAAUCCGAUCCUGCCAAAUAGAAAUCAAAAGCACGACUUUGAUCGCUAUGAAUUUCCGCUUGGUGUUCCAUCGUUUCAGCAAGCUCUUUGUGGCAAUGAACAAGAUCACAAGACCGUACAUGCAGAUUAUGUUCGAAGCCGAAAGAAGCCAUUUUGAAUAGACCAAGACACUAAACCACGUAGAUUGCUCCACGACGCUGAAAGAAUACACCUCGGCUACCAUCACAAGGGGCACCAACAUCACAAAUUGCUCGAUCAGCCAAUACACAUAAGAGAGGUCUUGCGCGGAGAGGUCAUGUUCAGACAUGCAUGGGCGCAAGCAGCAGCCCAACGGCGGCGCUCCAAAAUGCUUCUUCGGACCACCCUGGGCCAGCGCCUCCUGGAUGACGCUCAUGCAGUCAGUGGUAUCCUCGCCGAGACGGCCCGGGUUUGAUUCCAGUGGUCUGCUCUCAGCUAGCACCAUCAUGAACAUGAACACCCCGAACUUGUGGAGGACGAGGGCCUCGGAUGCCUUCUGGACUAGUUGCAGGAGAGCGCUCGGAGAGGGGCACAGUACAGUAAGCAGCGCGGUGGUGGCCAGCACGAGGGGCAGCAUGGUCGACCUGGCCGUAGAGGCCCCUGCGCAGGCUGGGCGGCGCCGCGCGCAGGGCCAGCCAGUGCCGCGCGCAGACCCACGCGGUCAGCGCGGCGCAGGCCUGCCGUGGGCCGCGGGCGGACACACUGGCACGGCGCGCCCCCUUGAAAGCGCACGUCCGAGCCGAGCAUACAGCACGAGCAUAGUGCAAGAUGGCGAUUCAUACAGUGCGGGCGCGGCCGCAAGAAACCCUCGCAAGAAACCCAACCCUGAGAACCCGUGCGCGAGGUGCACCUGGGGGGAAACCCGGAGCACCCUGAACGCAGCAGCUCCUUCAACGGCUGCGGGAAG